AACAUUAUAACAUAACGAACUAAAUUAUCGAUCGGAAUGCUACUCGUAUGGGAGUUUGAUGUACAGCACGAGUUGAUCUACGCUAUUUCGGAAGUACGGAUGUCCAACAAACCCUGCUACACACGUAAAUACAGUGAGUUCCCAUCUAUUUGGAAGGAAGACACACAAGAGACCAUGGCUGCAGAAUCUCGCUGCUUCCGGCGUGGUUGCGAGCCCAGGGUAAUCGCAUUAACAGAGAAGCCACACAGUGACGGUUCGUGGGGUGGAGGAGCGCCGACCAAGUGCGUCGUUCAGUUUACAGGCUUACGUUGCUGUCUUCACAAUGAGUCUGCUGGCACUGGUGAAGUUUGGUUACUGUCUGGUGGUGGUAUCGAUGCUGCUGAUGCUGUGGUUCUCACUGGUUCGUGCCACCACUGACAUGGUGAGCUAUCCACCCUGCAUGUUCAAUCCACUGUGCAGCUGCUCAAAGUCUGUGCCCGACCUGGGGAUUGUGAUCUGUCACGAUGUGCCACUGCCCCGCCUUCCACCACCAAUCAACAGCUCCAAAGUAUUCAUGCUUCGCCUUGAGAACAAUGGUUUGCGCUCCAUUGAGCCCUACUUCCUGCAAGGAACCGGACUAUACCGCCUGGAGAUCAGUCACAAUCUGCUGCCCAGAGUACCGGAUGAGGCAUUUCUGGGAUUGGAGCGCUCUUUGUGGGAGCUGGAAUUGCAGUACAAUGAUCUGACUGAUGUGCCCAGCAGAGCUAUGCGGCACCUCCAGAAGCUGAGGCUCCUUGACCUUUCAGGUAACAAGAUUGGGGAAGUGUCACCGGAGAGCUGGCGAGGACUGGAGAGCUCACUCCAGACGCUGAUUCUAGCAGACAAUGCACUGUCCUCACUCCCCACCAACACGUUCAGCUCAUUGCAACUCCUUGAGACUCUCGACCUUCGCAGUAACCACUUGGCGGAGCUGAAUAUGGAUGUGUUUCAUGCAGCAUUGCCUCGCCUGUCUCACCUGCUGCUGGCAGACAACCAACUCAGCAGCAUGCCAUACCAGCAGCUCACUUCACUACGCAUGCUUAAGACGCUGGAUCUUGCCAGUAACAACAUUGUAAAGCUCCGUGACUCUGAGCAUCAGGUUCAAGGCAUGCUCAUGUCUGUGGACACACUCCGCCUGGACCACAAUCAGAUUGAAAGCCUGCCUUCGAAAGCCUUCCAGCACUUCCACAUCCUCAACAGAACAUACCUGGAUGGUAACCCUCUCAUCAAAAUAGAGCCUGAUGCAUUCCAUGGCACUGGUAUCCAGGAGCUGUCAAUUCGUGGCUGUGGCCUUACCAACCUGUCUCAAGGAGCAUUUUCAGGCCUGGAAGGAACUCUACGGCUGCUAGAUCUGGGAGCCAACAACCUUACUGAGUCUCCAUAUCACAUGUUCCAUGAGUUUGACUUUCUUCAUACACUCACGCUGCAGGAAAACAAGCUGUCACCCAUCAGUUCAGCUGACCCCCUUAAAGAUUUUCAGUACUCCCUUUAUCGCCUGGACCUCAGCGGACCAGAAAUGGGAGUCACAUCAUUACAGGACCUCCACAGGAUGCGCAACCUGCGGUUCUUGUCGCUGAGUCGCCUGCCACAGCCACACCUGGCACCUGAACCCUUCAUGGAGUUCAGUGUGGACCUGGAGGAACUACAUGUGAUCAAAAGUGACCUGGCAAUCGUCAAGAACCAUGCUUUUCGUCAUGUGCGGGGCCUCAAAACACUCAAUCUCUCUGAGAACAAGAUCACACGCAUUGAGAAUGAGGCAUUCACAGAGGUUGGGCAUUCAUUGGUGAAGCUGAUAGUGUCCCAUGGCUUUGCCCCUUCCAUUAACACCAUUCCAGCAGAAGCUCUACGACCACUCACAAAUUUACAGUAUCUGGAUCUCAGCAACAAUAGGAUCCGCUCCAUGCCUCAAACUUCCUUUCACUUCCUGAAAUGUCUCCGGGUGCUGAAACUGCAGGAUAACCAGAUAGAUGCCAUUCACAAGGGCACUAUUCAGGGAGGAAUCCACGCGGGUUUGGAAGCCCUGUACCUAUCAUUCAACAGCCUAGAGUUCCUGAACAUCCACACCUUCAUGGACCUCCCAUCCCUGGAGUUGCUGCAGCUGGACGACAACAGGAUUAAGCGAAUCGAACGCCACGCAUUCAUGAACAUGGAUGUACUCAAGAAGCUAGAUCUGCGUGGGAACAAGCUGAUGGCAAUCUCAGAUGAGGCUUUCCAGAAUUUGCCCCAGCUUGAGCUGCUGGACCUGGCAUACAACCAGUUGCAGUCCCUUGACUUCUCCAUGCUUGACCAGGUUGGGACUCUGUCAUCAUUCCAUCUGAAUGUGAGUCACAAUGCUCUGCAGCAGCUGGAACUGAAUGCCACAAGAGGGCGAGGUGGCGAGAUGUCAGCAAAUGUCAAGAUGCUGGAUCUGUCAUACAACAAUGUGACUUGCAUCGGGCACAGCUACCUACGGCCUGUUGAACAGUCCCUCACGCAUUUGCACCUGUCACACAACAGGCUGAUCAACACCACACGUGAAGUCUUUGGGAACAUGCCACAUCUGCAGUGGCUUGACCUGAGUAGCAACCAACUUGCAGAACUAGAUUUCGACACCUUUCGCAACACCAAAAUGAUGCAGGUAUUGCUUCUCACUCACAACCAGCUGAGCAGCAUUCCCACACAACUGUUCAGGCCAACAUCGGGCCUUCGAGUAGUUGACAUGUCUCACAACAAGCUGCGGUCACUGCCAGACACACUCUUCACUCAGAGUGGCUUGGAGCAGCUCAUACUCUCUCACAACUUGCUCAGUCAUGUGCCUGUAUCCAGUCUUGGUGCUGCAACCGCAGCUACUCUUUGUGAGCUGAAUCUAUCAUGGAACUCCAUCGUGGAAGUCAGCAGUCCUGAUGUCUUCUCACGGUUCAAGUCGCUGAUGUGGCUGGAUAUGUCACACAACCGUCUGUUACGGAUUAAGGACUCCACCUUCUUGUUUGUGAGCCGCCUGUCAUUCUUGGACCUAAGCCACAACUCACAAAUGGUGCUGGAGACUCGUGGCCGCAGCUUCAAAGGGCUGGAAGACUCCUUACUGGAGCUUCACCUGUGUAACACUUCACUGGGGUCCAUGCCAGAGCUGCUGCUUCCUGCCCUGCGCACUCUCCGCCUUGCCCAGAAUCGUAUCCAGGAUGUCCCAGUUGAGGUGGCCAGAAGCCUAACCUCAUUACAGCAACUGGAUGUGUCCUACAACCAACUGCAAGCCGUGCCACCUGCAGCACGCUCUAUGCCUCACUUGAGGUGCUUGGAGCUUGCCGGAAAUCCUAUAACGACACUGAGCAACACUAGUUUCCAGGGGGCCAUGGAACAUCUCCAAGAACUGGACAUCCGACACCUCACACUAAACUAUUUUCAGCCUAGUGCACUAAGUAGGAUGGCAUCACUAAGGACACUGUCUCUGAGUCCAUAUGAUCAUGUUCAUGACUACAGUGUACCAGAAAUAAUCCAGCAGAACACCGGACUGAGGAAUCUGCACAUCCAGGUGCUAGAGAACACUGACCUGGAGAAGGAGAUGUUGGGCCCUCUGCCGUACAAAGUCCGAAAUAUCACUCUCAGUGGUAGGGGACUGACAUCUGUACCCCACAGCCUGUUUAAAGGCAUACGAAGCUUCCGCCUACACUUCACUCUGCACAACACCAGCGUGGAGACACUGCCACACUCACUUUUUGAGCAGAUGAGCUGGGUUCGAAAUUUGAGUAUAGAUGUGCGGGACAACUCACUCCACUCAGUGGGGAACCCCAACACUGGAGAGUUCCCAGGAGUUCUCAAUACUAUGUUCAUCACAGAACUACAGCUUGAGGGGAACACAUGGACUUGUGACUGCCAAAUAGGCUGGGUUGAGGUAUGGCAGCGUAAGAAGAGGCAGUACAUGUGUCAGCCAGACAAGCAAGCUCGAGUGCCAGGGUGCCACAAAAUAAGCGCUGAGCAGGAUGACUUGCGUGAAGCUCGAUGUGAGAACCGCAACAAUGCAUCGCUGAUUGAGGUGCUCAAGUUGGAUGUGGAGUGUGGCUGGGGAUCAGGAGCUUCUGCUAAUUCACCCUUUUGGGUGCUUGGAGUAACAGUCAUUUUCUUUACCUCCCUACAAGUCAACCACUAAAUACACAGACCCUUCCUUCCAACAACACAUGAUAGUGUGUUCUUCAAUAAACUUGUACAAGAGUUUUAUAUAGACUGUUGAGAAUGUCUUGUGCCUUACGUCUGCUCUGUUGAAUAAAUUAAGCAUCACACCAUGAAGAUA